UUGUGGCCAUUACAUAUUCCCGAGUCAAACAUCCAUUUCAACCGCAUGUUUUACUCAGCUUCUCACCACCAGAACAGCUUCUGAUCAGCCACUCAUGUCGGCCGGCACGAGCGUCACCGUCCCUCGUCACGUGAUCGGUUCAACUGCCGUUGAACUCUGCAGAAGCAGCCGAACCGGCACUCCGUUCUCGGUUCGGUUCUCCACGAGGAGCGGUGUUGUGUCCACUCGACGCGAGCGCGAGCCACCGUCGCCGUCGUCCUCCCUCGCCCAGGGGCCGUCAUGCAUCUUCGUUGGCCCAAUCGAGUCCGCAAGCAAAGAAACUCUCGAAGCCCUCUAUCGUCAAGCACGGGAUUCAUAUUACAGCGGGAAGCCUUUGAUAGUUGAUGAUAUGUUUGAUAGAGUAGAGUUGAAAUUGAGGUGUUAUGGUUCAAAAUAUGUUGUCAAGUAUCCCCGUUGCAGUCUUAGGCGGCAGUCAACAUAUGCUGAUGCUGAGGAAGAUCCUUCACAGGUUUUCGCAUUAGCAAGCAUAUGGCUCCUGAUUCUUGGUUUCGGCAGUUCAGUCUGUCUUAUACCUAUUGUCUACACUAUCGGUCAAGCUUAUCAAGAUGCAUUCAAUUCAGGAUUUUCCUACAGCAGCCAAGCAUCUGCAUUAGAGUUUCUUUCCACGCUGAAUGGCAUUCUUUUCAUUGUAUUGGGAUCCGUGAUUGGCUAUCCAAUUGCAUCAGCAUCUGUUGGAGCACUACGAGGUCUAUGGAGGAAUGACUUGGUAGCAUUAAAGGGCUCAUGCCCAAAUUGUGGGGAGGAGGUCUUUGCAUUUGUGAGAUCAGAUCAGUCUAAUAAAUCCCCCCAGAAAGCGGAUUGUCAUGUAUGUGAAUGCUCUCUAGAAUUCCGCACUAAGGUUGAGCAAUCCCUUUCAAGCCUCGGUAGACAGUGGGUUUAUGGCCGCAUUUACUUGAUUCGACGGAGAGGCAGACGGCAAAGAUGCAUUUGAGAUUGGUGGCUGACAUCCCUCCACUUGAUUUGUGUGAUUGCCAAGUCUUGUGUACAGUAGCAUGAAUCUAUCGUUCCAUAUAUAUAUAUAUAUAUAUAUAUAUAUAUUUUUUUUUUCAUUUUGGCAAAUUUUAAUAAUCCUAAAGGAUUUUCUUUCUGUUUUUUUUUUUUUGUUUUUUCUCCCGACAAUUUAAUAGACAAAGACACAUCUUGUACCAUGAUUGAAUUCAAACCCGACCGAUUCCGUCCUCUAAGCAAUAAAUAGUAUCGUCUUGUUAACAA